AUGCAAGUGGGUCACGCCGAGCUUGUGCAUGGCAUGUACAUUUCACCUCUUCUGACCCGAUUCCAAGGGCUGGAGGCGGUGGCAGGGUUCUGUACAUGCUCGUGUCGGUUCUCGCCCAAGUCUGCUGUUUCCGUACCUCGCCAACGAUAUGUGUUGGCCAGAGUUCAAUUAUACCAAACGUUCUUGGGGGACCUGUGCAACCUGCGCUUGGGGACGUCGGCGUCCCCCGCAUUUGGCUUGCUCGCGCACUCCAUUGCACUGGCAAAAGACUACAGCUCGCCGUCAUCCGUCAAGCGGUUCGAGAUGGCCAACACCACCGCGAGGCAAGUGAGGUGUCCCUCCACCGACAGCGACAACACCGCGGUGCACCUGGAAGCAAUCUUGCGCAACUUCCGGUGGUCGGAUUUCAACACGGCGAUCGCGUCCGGCGUCCGGGAGCUUCGGGGGGGCAUCGACUGGCUGGCGUCCGUCCCCGAUGCGUUUGCCGAUGUGGCGUCGGAGGCGGCGUUGUGGCGGUCCAAGAACGCCACGAGGUGA